GUUGAUGUUGAAGAAUUCUCCAGGAUGUUGGCCAGUCCAUUCACUGAAAAGUCUUGUGGUGAAGCAACAGUUUCUUCAAAAAAGUCUACACUAAAAGAGAAGUUUUUGGACCAAACAGACAUUAUAAAAAGUAUGGGAAAACAAUGCAAAUGCAAAAAUGAUUGUAUGGACAAAUUAAGUUAUGAAUUGGUGAAGAGACUGAGAUAUAUUUAUUGGACUAUGCCCAGUAAACAAAGGAAGGAAUUUGUGAUUUCUAAAUUAACAUCCGCACAAAGGAUAGGACGUUUCACAUUUGUGUUUUUGGAUAAUGGACAAGGAAUUUGCCUCAAGGCCUUCGAACAUGCAUUUCACAUUAACAAGAACUUUAUCACCAGACAGAAGGAACUAGCAAAAACUGGUGCUAUGAGUUCUAGCCCAGUUAUUAGGGAAAAGAGUGUUAAAUCUUUGGAAUGCAUUGCCUGGCUUGAAAGUUACGCUACAAUGUUUGCGGACAGGAUGCCAAAUUCAAGAGACAUUUUGUUACCAUACAAAACAAUAAAAAGACAUGUCUACGAAACAUAUGUGAGAGAGGUGGACAGCUGUGUGUCUGAGUCAACCUUCUAUGGGGUCUGGACGAAACAUUUUCCUAAUUUGAAAAUAAAAAAGACCAAAAGCUUUUCCCAGUGUACGAAAUGCGCAAUUUUACAGAGGAAAUUUCAGAGCACAUUGGAUCCAGUCACCAGGUCACAGCUUAGAAUGGAAAGAUCUCUUCACAAUCAACGUCAGAUGUUAGAGAGAAAAUUUUAUUAUUCUAAAAGGCAUGCAAGUCGCCAACACCCUGAAGAUUUUUUAUCACUGAUAAUUGAUGGCAUGGACCAGUCAAAAACAGACCUGCCUCAUUUCAUUGGAAGACAAGCAAAGGUAAAUUAUAUUAUUGAUAACAGGA